CCCUGAACAAGCAAGGUGCAGUAGUUUCUUGUGAAGCAGUCAUGAGAACUAAGAUAGUUGUUUUCUUUCUUGCUACCAUUUUAGCAUCAUGCCAUGGCUUAGAGCAUGGUGCUAACUUUCAAAUUUUCCCUCUCCGAAUGAAAACUGGUUCUGGUGGCCAUUACAUUCCCGAGGUAUCAUGCCUAAGUUGGAGGCUUGGUGUUGAAGCCCAUAACAUGAUUGACUGGAAAACUGUUCCUGAAGAAUGCAAAGAUUAUAUUGGAAACUAUAUUAUUGGUGAUCAAUAUAGAUCAGACUCUAAAACAGUUUGCCGUGAAGCUUAUCUUUAUGCUAAGAAACUCAAUCUCACUGCCAAAGACAUUUUCGUGUUCGACGUAGAUGAAACUACACUCUCCAAUCUCCCAUAUUAUGCUAACCAUGGUUUUGGGGUGGAACCAUAUAAUCCAACGUUGUUUAAUGAAUGGGUAGACCAAGGAUCAGCACUAGCACUGCCUGAGAGUCUUAAACUGUACAACAAAUUGGUGUCUCUUGGCAUCAAGAUUGUAUUCUUGACUGGAAGACCAGAGAAUCAAAGGGAUGUAACUGCUACCAACUUAAAGAGUGUUGGAUACCACACAUGGGAGAAGCUAAUUGUCAAGGAUACAUCAGUGUAUGCGGGCAAAACAGCAGUUACAUACAAAUCAAGUGAGAGGAAGAAGCUGGAAUCACAGGGAUACAGAAUCAUUGGAAACAUUGGUGACCAAUGGAGUGAUAUUCUGGGAACCAACACAGGCGAUAGAACCUUUAAGUUGCCAGAUCCUAUGUACUACAUUAGUUGAACAACUUUGCUUGCUACUGUGUCUUAAUUCUCAAAUAAGAUAAGAUAUGGGAAGAGUUAACGUUGAGCAGUAGCUAUGUGGCUUUUUUAGUUAUGGGGUCUAUGUAACAUUGUCACAAUGUUGUUUUCUCUUUCUCCGUUUUAAUAAUUAUGUGUCCUUGUU